GGGGGUGGAGCUCUACCGGCUCGAGAUUAUAAAUAAUGUUUCUCUCCCAAUAUCUGCUUUAAUCAAAUUAAUUUAGCAGGGUAAUGGUGUAGGACAGACGCGACAGUUUAUCAGUAAAUCUGCUGGAUUAUUUCAGAGUUUUGAAAAUGGAUUCGCGGGUGUCGGGGCUGUUCGGGACUGUUUCCACACAGAAGUCCAGCUCUCAGGGAGCGAGUAGUGCCUGUAGAAAAUCAUAUGCGAAAAAUGGCAAAAAGUGUAAAAACCGGUCAGCCCGGUACCCCAAAGCCAGCAAUAACCCGCCUUAUCUACCUCCAGAGGUUGAAGAGGGAAACAUUGAGUACAAGCUGAAGCUGGUAAACCCAACACAGUACCGAUUUGAGCAUCUAGCUACACAGAUGAAGUGGAGGUUACAGGAGGGCCGAGGGGAAGCGGUGUAUCAGAUCGGUGUGGAGGACAACGGGCUGCUGGUGGGCCUGUCAGAGGACGAUAUGAGAGCCUCGCUCAAAACACUUCACAGGAUGGCUGAGAAGGUGGGUGCUGACAUCACAGUUCUGAGAGAGAGAGAGGUGGAUUACGACUCCGAUGAGCUGCACAGAAUAGCUGAAGUCCUAGUCAGGAAAGUGCCAGAUGAUCAGCAGUUCCUGGACCUACGGGUAGCUGUGUUGGGGAACGUGGACUCGGGGAAGUCCACUCUGCUUGGUGUUCUUACUCAGGGAGAGCUGGAUAACGGCAGAGGACGGGCACGACUCAACCUCUUUAGACACCUGCACGAAAUCCAGACAGGAAGAACCUCAAGCAUCAGCAUUGAGAUCUUGGGCUUUGACAGCAAAGGAGAGGUGGUGAACUACAGUGAGUCCCGAACAGCAGAGGAGAUCUGUGAGAGUGCCUCAAAAAUGAUCACCUUCAUUGACUUGGCUGGCCACCACAAAUACCUGAAGACCACAAUCUUUGGCUUAACCAGCUACUGUCCAGACUUUGCCAUGCUUGUCGUCAGUGCAAACACUGGCAUCGUGGGUACGACACGGGAGCACUUGGGUCUGGCCAUGGCGUUGAAGGUGCCCAUCUUCAUUGUGGUGAGUAAGGUGGACCUGUGCACUAAGGGUACGGUGGAGCGCACUGUCCGACAGCUGGAACGCAUCCUUAAACAGCCCGGCUGCAACAAAGUGCCAAUGCUGGUGUCCACUACAGACGAUGCAGUCACUGCUGCUCAGAAGUUUGCCCAGUCUCCCAGCAUUACUCCGAUCUUCACCCUGUCCAACGUAUCAGGCGAGAGUCUGGAUUUGCUGAAGGUCUUCUUUAACAUUCUACCUCCCCUCAGCAACAGCAAGGAACAAGAGGAACUUAUGCAACAGCUCACUGAGUUUCAGAUUGAUGAGAUCUAUACAGUGCCAGAUGUUGGGACAGUAGUCGGUGGAACUCUUUACAGUGGGAUCUGCCGCGAGGGGGAUCAGCUGGUGGUUGGACCCACAGAUGACGGGCAGUUUCGGGAGCUGACGGUGUACAGUAUCCAAAGGAACCGCUCAGGAUGCAGGGUGCUCAGAGCUGGCCAGGCAGCUACUUUGGCACUGGGAGAUUUCGAUCGGUCACUCUUACGAAAGGGUAUGGUGAUGGUUAGCCCAGACAUGAACCCCACUAUCUGCUGGUGCUUUGAGGCAGAGAUCGUUUUACUGUUUCAUGCUAAAACUUUCCAUAAGGGCUUCCAGGUCACUGUCCAUGUGGGCAACAUUAGACAGACAGCCACAGUUGAGGCUCUGCAAGGAAAGGAUGAGCUCCGCACUGGUGAGAAAGCUGUGGUACGAUUCAAGUUCAUCAAACACCCAGAGUACUUGAAGGUAGGUGCUAAGCUGCUCUUCAGAGAGGGAGUCACCAAAGGCAUUGGGCAGGUCACCAAACUACAGCCUGCGUCUCAGUACCAGCACCAUCUUUGAUAAAGAAUAACCCUGAACUAAUCCACCACUAUCUCUCUCUUCACCUUACCAUCUCUGUACUAUCGCUUUCUUCUUUUCUCUGUUCCGUUCAUUUAAUUAAGCCUCAGCUUACCAAACUCACAUUUGAGUUCAUGGUCUCAUCAACUGAGUUUCGUGUCAUAAAAGAGCUGUCACCAUAAUGGAGUUUUAGUCAUGCCAGAUUUCUUUUAAAUGUCUCCAAAUGGGGUGUUUACAGUCAUUCAAGCAUUUUUUUGCUUACUUUAUAUAUCUUUUAAUAUUGAGAUGGCACUGAAAGUUUGUUCUUGUGCAGUCUUUUUAAAGUCAUAAGUCCUAAACCAUUCAUAAUAUAAUAACCAAAGGUUAGAGAUUGUGAAUUUAAAUAUGGCUGCCAAAGAUAGAUGAUGUCAAUGAAGAAUCAUUUCUUCCUGUGGCAGCUACCGAUUUUACAAAGUUUUAAAAGAACGUCUGACCAGCCAACUCUGCUCUACCAAAUACCAGACACAAUCUCCACAUCUAUCUGUUAUUUAUUUAUUGUUUUGUAAAGAGGUUUUUUACUAAUGUGGCAUUGUCAAGCUUUAACAUCAUUAAAGGGAUAGUUCACCCAAAAAGGUCAUUUCUGGUGGGUAAACAAUGACAGAAUUUUCACUUUUGGGUGAACUGUCCCUUUAAGGUUCACGUAAACAUGCUGCCUUACCACCAAGUGUUCCUAUAUUCUGUGACUAUUGCUGCUGAUAUCAGAGAUGUCAUUUGUUAUGCCUUAAAUGAUAAUAGCCUUUGAUGAUUGACAUGUUUUUCUGCCUGCACUCGAGUGCUGUAGUUGCUCAGGAAAGCUGUUGUUCAUUCUAUUUACCCAGUACAUUCGGAUAUUGGAACAGGAGAAUUUGAUUGUACAAACGUCAAGUGUAAGGAUUCAAAAAUACUCAUUUUGAUGAAUUAUGCAAAUUAAUCUUUCAUUUCUGCUCUCUGUUAUUGGGCUGCUUUUUGAGUUUAUUUUAUUGCACCUCAAUAAUUCCUGGAUUUUGGUGCUACACCUUUGAUGUAUAUGUUUUAAAGCUUAAAUAUUGAAAGGGGGUUGAUUGAGUUGUUAGUUAGUUCUUGCCUAAGAUCUGUCCUGUAAUCUUUGUAUGCAUGUUUGUCUUCAAGAGUAGCUUAAGUUCACUUUUAAGUUCCUCCUAUAUCACUGUUCUGUGUUUCCUGUGCUGUUAUAGAGGAAGAAAAAACUAUGUGUUUGAACCAAACAGAACAUUUAUAAAGAAUUGUUAAAUAGUAAAGUAAAUGUAUCAUCUACUGGAAAGUGUUUUAGUUACUACACUUUGUAAUCAUUUCUAUUUUGAAUUGGCAUAUCAUUUUACACCAAGUGUCUGUAGUCUGGCUUCAGAUGCUAGACGUUUUUUCGAAAUAUUUUUAAAUAUUUUAGCCUUUUUGGUGAAUUGGUGUAUUUAUGUACAAAUUUGUUUGUAUAUUAUGGUGUACAUAAAUAAAAAAGUUUA